AGAAAAUGCAACUUCGUAUAUUAUCAAAUGUAACUCGAAGAAUCAAAACAAACAAACUCAAUAUCUUAAAAACUUCUAAAAACAAACUCAAUAUUAACUUGAAAUAAAUAGAAAAGUAAAUUACAUUAAUAAAAAUGUAAGUUGAACCAAAUCAAAUUGUAAGUUGUAUAAUAUGUAUAUACUCUAUACGCGUAUAAAAUUGCAUCUUUGCUUCUCUUCAAAUACUCUGUAGAUGUAUCAAUUUAAUUAGUGGGAUGCUUUUUACUUUUGUUGGAUGAGUAAAUAGACAUCAGCAAACCUCUCGCGACAAAAGGAGCCCGUCAUCAUCGUUGGUGAAACACAAGGGCAAGCGGCUGGAGCCUGGAUGGAUCUCAAUCCGGAAUUCGAUUCAGCAGUCAACAAUUCUGUUGCUACAAUAUCUGCUAAUAUUAAUAGCAUCACAGUGCUUAAUAGCAUGAAUUUUAAGGAAUGGAAAGAGAACAUUAUGAUUGUUCUCGGUUGCAUGGAUCUAGACCUUGCACUUCGGACUGAGAAACUCAUCGCUCUUAAGGACACAUCUACUCUUGAUGAAAAGAGGGAGAUGCUGAUGUGGGAACAACGCUCAAACCGCGUGAGUCUAAUGAUCAUGAAACUUGCAAUUUUAGAAUCAUUCAGGAGCACGAUGUGUGAUGAGGCUGAUGCCAAAUUGUUCCUUGGCGAACUUGAAAAGCGUUUUGCUAAAAACGAAAAGGCGGAAAGUAGUACUCUUUUAAGCACUCUUGUUUCCAUGAAGUAUAAAGGCAAAGAGAACAUAAGGGAGUACAUUUUGGAAAUGUCUCACAUUUUUUCAAAAUUAAGUGUACUAAAGCUUGUUUUAC